AGCGACAGAGAGAGAGCCAGCGAGAGAGUAUACGAGAGAAAGAGAGAGAUGAACAGGCAUAGAAAGAGAUAGCACUCGUACGAUUCACACGAGUUUGAGUCGGAGAGCGGCGUUCGCAACGAAAUUCAGUUUAUUUCGAGACGUUGUCGAGGGCACGUCGCAUUCAAGAGAUCGCACUGAACAACCAGAUACAAGUGAAAGAUACAUUUACGUAAAUACAUACGGAAAAUACAGAACAGAAAAGAAACCAAAGCAAAGCGAAGAGAACAAACAGUAGAUUGAUUCUACAGUGAAUAACAAGUGAAGUUUCGAGAUCAGUUCAAACCAAAUACAAACGGGGAUUACCAUGUCUUCCACUUCCGCCUCGCCGAUCAGCAACAUAACCGUCGACGACGAGCUCAAUAUCAGCAGAGAACAAGACUUUGCCGAAGACGAUUUCAUUGUGAUUAAAGAGGAGCGCGAGAGCAGUCUCUCCCCAAUGCUAACACCGCCGCACACACCCACAGAGGAGCCCCUGCGAAGGGGACACCACUCCACAACCGCCGAUGAGGCGGUGGCCACACAGCUCCAUAUGCGGCACAUGGCACAGUACCAACAGCAGCAGCAACAGCAGCAGCAGCAACAUCGUCUCUGGUUGCAGAUGCAGCAGCAGCAGCAACAACAUCCCCACUAUCCCGUUUAUGCGGCAGCUGCAGCCGGAGCUGCGGCCAGCGCCGAUCCCGUUGCAGUACACCAGCAGCUAAUGAAUCACUGGAUCCGCAACGCAGCCCUCUACCAGCAACAACAGCAGCAGCAGGCGGCACAGGCCCAGGCACACCACCAUCCGCACCACGCCCACGCCCAUGCCCACCCACACCACCACUCGCACCACGGCCACGCCCAGGCCCACCCACACCAGCAUCCGCAUCAUCAUCCCCAUGGCGUGAGGCCAUACCCCGCGGGAUUGCACGGUCUCCACAUCGCCGCUGGCCGCCACUUUGGCGCCCUGCCCACCAUGAAGCUGAGCGGUGCCUCGGGAGCGGGAGGAGCCACUGGCUCCGGCAGCAGCCGACCAAAGAAGCAGUUCAUCUGCAAGUACUGCAACCGGCAGUUCACCAAAUCCUACAACCUCCUCAUCCACGAACGCACCCACACGGACGAGCGUCCGUAUUCCUGCGACAUUUGCGGCAAAGCCUUCCGGCGGCAGGAUCAUCUACGGGACCAUCGCUACAUCCACUCCAAGGACAAGCCCUUUAAGUGCAGCGACUGCGGCAAGGGCUUCUGCCAGUCCCGCACCCUGGCUGUACACAAGGUCACGCACUUGGAGGAGGGCCCUCACAAGUGCCCAAUCUGCCAGCGAAGCUUCAACCAGCGGGCGAACCUCAAGAGCCAUCUGCAGAGCCACAGCGAGCAGAGUAGCAAGGAGGCCACGUCACCAACUACACCCACAUCCCCUAUCAGUGGUGGGGCACCAGCACAGGCAUUGAGCUCGCCUCAACCUGAACAGUUGGUCCACCACCAUCAUCAUCAUCAACAUCACCACAUGCCCGUCCUGGAUCUGUCCUCGUCGUCAUCCGCCUCGUCUACCACCACGGAGAAGCCCAAGCGCACCCUAGGUUUCACCAUCGACGAAAUCAUGAGCAGAUAGAGAGAUGCAUGGAGACCGAGCCGAAAGUUAAUCAAUUUUUGGUUUGUGUUAAGAGUCAUGUCAUCCAGAGCUGGCCCCGGCCAGGCAUGGGAAAUGCCUGGCCCGGACCUCGCACAGAGUCCAGCUCGAAUCCUGGCCAAAAGGAAACCACAACCUCGCCAGCACACCCCGCAAUCGCACCCAGUGAGAGGAGUAGAGGUAGAAGUAGCAGUGGAGAUGCUAUCAGUCAGAAAUAGUGCAAUCGGCUCUAUAUGGAAUAGAUAUAGAUGCCGGCAUUGUCCUAGCCAAAGCCAAAGCAAACACAGAUACAGAUACGAAUAGUAUUGCAAACACACACGCCUCCUACAAAAACAAUUCCAAAACAUUAUGCAGUCGAAUCGAACUUCGCUGUCAACGCUGUAAACUAUUAUUUAAUUAUAUAUAUUAUCAUGUAACUAUAGUUUAAUUAAAGUUAAUAUAUGGUACCUUAUAGCCAAUUAAGUAAACCAAAUGUUAUGUUACAAUAGAAAAAUCAAUCAAUCAAACAUUUAAAUUAAUCCCAGACAAACCUCAAG